ACAAUUCCUGGCAUUCUUCCGGUUUCCUUUAUCUGAUUCCUAAGAUGGCGGAUCGGCGACGUCGAAGGAGGCGCGCAUCCCAGGACAGCGAGGAGGACGAUGAAUCUGGUUCGGGAUCAGAAAGUGGAAAGUCGCUUUCGCCAACGACAAAGCCCCGAGUACGGGACCCUGAACCAGUAGAGCCACCAGCUGUUCGUGUGGUGCCGAAAAACGAUGCUGAAUCCGAGUGUGAAAGUGAAGAUGGUGUAGGAGAAGCUGUCCUUUCUGACUAUGAAAGCGCAGAUCCUGAGGAGAAUGGCUCCCAUUCAGAGGGAGGUGAGGAGGAGGAAGAGGUCCCUCCACCGGCUGCUGGGCCCAAACCCACUCCUGCUUCCGACACCCCUGCUGCUGAGGGGGAGCUGCAGGAAGGAGGGGGAAAGGAUGAGGAGGGUGAGAAAGGUAUGAGGAAGGAAGUGAAGUGUGAAGACAAAGGCAACCUGGCAGGGGAGCGUCAAAGCGGGGAUGGACAGGAAAGCACAGAAGACUCUGAGAAUAAAGGUGCUAAACCAGGCCAGAAGCUGGAUGAUGACCUGGAUCGUAAUAACCCAGCCUAUAUCCCCCGUAAGGGAAUGUUCUUUGAACAUGACGUCAGGGGAAAUGCGCAGGAGGAGGAACGGCCUAAGGGUCGUAACAGGAAGCUGUGGAAGGAUGAGGGUUGCUGGGAACACGAUAGGUUCAGGGAGGAGGAGCAGGCGCCCAAGUCACGUGAGGAGCUGGUUGCAAUCUAUGGCUAUGACAUCCGCAACGGAGGUGUCUCCAAUGAGCGGUCCUAUAGACAGCGCAAGCCCAGACACAGCACCUCUCCAGUCCGGGACAAGCGCUGGCAGGACGGAGACUGGGAGAGGCCCGUCCAUACCUCCUGGCAGCAAGGAGGGAACCCCAACAGCCGUAGCGCCCCCCCAGCCGUGGCCCUGCAGCAGUCUGGUCCCCCCCCUCAGCAGCCCCCAACACCCAGCGCAACAACAACCCCCCCCAGGCCCUCCUCCCACCCCCCACCCCGGGGCUUCCAGGGCAACCGCCCUCCCCAGGCUCAGCACAGGAAUGACAGAAACCAGGAGUCCCAACGGCCAGGCCCCAAGGCCCACCCCGCCGAGCCCCUCCAGACCCGGAGUUUACCGCCCAUGGACGGGGAACGAGGCCCCAGGGGCCGGGGGAACAGAGGGGCCCAUACGGAGCGCAGCCCUUCGGUAGUGGUGGAAGAGGUCCAUAGCGAGGAGGAUGACGAGCGCAACACAACUACUGUGACAACGUCACAGUCCGUGUACUACAGUCGCCACUACAGUGGCAAGGGAGAUCGAGAAAGGGACUCUGCGCCACCGCCACGACGACAGGAGCAGCAGCGAGGGGGAUCUGCUCCUCCGGCGGACAACCCGGUGACCCGCGAUGCCUCCCCGGCUCCAGAGCGCCCCGUGGAGAAGAAGUCGUAUUCCCUAGCCAGGAGAACUCGCACCCGGGCCACUGAGCUGGGCAAGCAGGCCUCUCUUGAGGAGCCUGCCUCCACCGUGUCUUCCUCGGCCCUGAAGAGUGAGCCGUGGCAGGGCCCCGGUCAGAGUCAGGGGGAUGCUGGGGACAGCAGCCAGGGGACGGUACUCACAGGGUUGGACCAGGACCUGGCCAGACUCAGCCUGGCCGGACAGAACUGGCCCCAGAACCCAUCUUCGUAUCUCCGCGCUGAGAUGAGGGGCAUCCCUAACUCUAUGCACAUGGGUGGAGCACCUCCACAAUACAGUAACAUAGAAGAGCUGGGAGCUGGUAACCGGGCAAAGCGGUACUCGUCCCAGCGCCAGAGGCCAAGCCCGGAGCCCGCUCCUCCUAUGCACAUAGGAGUCAUGGAGGGCCACUACUACGAGCCCAUGUCUUACCAAGGACCAAUCUAUGCCCACGGCGACAGCCCCGCCCCCCUCCCACCCCAGGGCAUGCUGGUCCAGCCUGAGAUGCACCUCCCCCACCCAGGCCAUCCAGGACACCCAGGUCUACACCCCCACCAGUCGAGCGGCCCCAUGCCCAACCCGGCUAUCUACGCUGCUCCCCCUGUCUCCAUGUCCCCUGGACAGCCCCCUCCACAGCAGCUGUUGGCCCCGCCCUUCUACCCUCCGCCAGGUGUCAUGACUUUUGGGAACACCAACUACCCCUACCCGGCAGGAGCCACCCUGCCCCCCAUGUACAACCCUCCGGCCCAGUCGCAGGUGUACGGCCAGUCGCAGGUGUACGGUGGGGUGACGUACUACGACCCGAUGCAGCAGCAAGCCCAGCCCAAACCCUCGCCUCCCCGGCGCUCCUCCCAGCCCGUCACCGUCAAACCUCCCCCACCAGAGGACCGGAGUGGGAAGCCCAGUCAGGAGGUCAGAUCCUAGCACGACGUUCCGAACGACUACGCCAGUCGGAAGAGGGCGAGGGACAGGGAGACUGGGUCUGCGAUAGAGAACCAGCACCACGUGUGGAGCGAUGAUGAUGAAUAGAGUUUUUAUCUGCUUUGUGUUCAGGUGCACCAUUGGUCGGUCGCCCACAAUGCUGAAGGGUUUUUGCUGUUUUGGUUCACCUACCAGUGUUUUGCCUCUGAGUGGAGUGCUGUCUUAAAAACCCUAUAAAACGUAACCAUAUAAAACCGUUAAAGAAAGCCCUUGGUAACAACUCCUCUUUAAACAUUACUUGACACCAAUGAUGACAUUCGUAGAAAUGUGUUCCUUCUAACAAUCUGUCGUUAAACUGUAGGUAUAUUCAUGCAAAAAAUGUGUUGUGAGUUCGAGCAAAUGUUUAGGACUGGGUAAAAUGUAUUAUGGCGAGUUAUAACUGGGAUAGGUAGUCAUUUUAUGUGGGCUAGCUAGAGCUGUGUUCGUCCCACCCACCAGACAGAUUCUACUCCAGUUUUUCCGGAAUCCUACUCCAUUUUUUUAGCUAACAUUUACACUCCCCUACGUAUUUAUUUGGACAGCGAAGCAAAACUUUAAAUCUCUCUACUCCAGCAUUUUGGAUUUGAGAUCAAUGUUUCAUACGAGGCGGCAGUACAGAAUGUCGCCUUUUGUUUAAUUUAAGGUUCUUUUACUAAUUAUUUUUUUUUCCUUUAGAAAUGAAAGCACUAUGUAUCUUGUCCAAACAUUUUGAAGAUGUCAUAAAGAGUUGGGCAAAUUCUCUUGUAUUAAAGUAGUCCGAAGUUUCUGAACACUUAAUUUGGAUGCUACCAUGAUUACAGAUAAUCAUUAAUGAAUCUUGAAUUAUUAUUUUAUUAUUACCAAGUACUACACUUGAAUACUUAAAUACACAAAGUGAAUUUGUCCAAACACUUGACACCUUCAAAUGGGGGGACUAGAUGCAUAAUGUGCUUUAAUUUUUAAAUGUUACAACAGAUUUGUAUGAAAAUUCCUUCAAAUGAAAGGUGACAUUCUUUAGUCAUCAUAUGAAAUAUUUUAAUCUCAUCAAAAUGCCGGAGUAGAGACAAAUACAAUUUUGCUUCACUGUCCAAAUAAAUACGUGGAGGAGUGUCAUUUCAUCUCACACUGGCAUCGUAGGUCUUAGUUUUUUUAUUUUAUGGUUUCAAGUCUUGUUAAUGCACUUUUUAGAUAAAGAAUAAAUCCUAUACACAGAUGGUGCUAACCUAUAGCUAGUACCCUAGAAUUCCAACAACUUGUUCUUUUCCAUUUCUCUUGAUACCUUCCACAUUGUACUGUUUUUUUUGUUGUUUUUUUGGGUUUAAACGUAUUACUGUAUUACCAGAGAACCAUUUAACCUUGCCUGAAACUGAUGUACUUGACAGUGCUACUGCUUGGUGAUAGCUUUCUAAUGUAAGUGUAUAUAGAUAAAUGUAUAUUAAAGCCUGUGGUUUAAAUUCCUAUAAAUACAGCCACCUUGUUAUCAAAUGAAUACUGUCACAAUGAACGAAAGUCUGCAGGGACGUCCAGUCUGUUUUCUGUAUACAUGGUUAUGGAUGGAUAACAUUUUUUUUUAAAGGCUCUCAGGCUUUGAAAUUUAAAUGGUUGUUUGGAAGUUUGCUUUUUCCUUUUUAUUUCCUCAGAAUCCUUUUGUAAAAGUGGAGUGACUGGUGUGGCCACUCUGCCACUAAACUGGAUCUGAUUUGUCUGUUUGCAGAACAUACUGCUGCUCCAAUGUUUUUGUUUUUUUUUUCCUAAAGAAAAUUCCUUUAACAGCUGCGUUAACACAGGCAGCCCAAUUCUGAGCGCUUUCCACUAAUUGGUCUUUUGACCAAUCGCAUCAGAUAUUUUUCAGAUCUGAUUGGUCAAAAGACUUUGAAGAAGAGAAGUCUAAAAGCAGCAUAACAAACCUACAAUACAUGCAUGUUAUACAUACAUACAUACAUACAUACAUAGAUAUGAUUGUGAAAAUAAUUCAGUUGGUGCUGGUGGCUGCAAGCUGUUAUAGUAAGUCUGCCUGGAAAAGGGCAAGUUAUUGGUGCAUCUUUAAAUUGGCUUUUUCUUUUCUUAAACUACUGCAUCAGUAUAAACUGAAUUGAGUUGUAUUAAAAGUUAUUUGUUUAGAAAUGGCUGGGAAGAAUGUUACUUUAAAUGUUUUAUUUUCUCUGCCUUAAGAAUAAAUUGGUUUGAAAUGUUUAAUUUUAAAGAGAGGUUAAAUUCAAAAAUUGACUAGACCUGCCAACACUGAGGGCUUGUUUCAUAGAUAUUUGAAUAUAUACAAAUGUUUCUUUGUGGAGCAAAUUUUGUUUAGACAGAGGAAUAUUAAACAAAGUAUAGGAAAA